AUGCUCCUACUCGACAUUGUUUCAUUCGACAUCACCAAAACCUUCACCGACAUGCCGGAUAACCGUCGAGGGAGCCAUGACACGCCACAGGCAGGUUUUGCCAGAGCUGCGGUACAGGAGCCACUGCAUCCCAAAUCCAAAAUCUCCUCUGCAAAGAUGCAAUUCUCGGUCACUCUCAUUUCCUUGCUGGCUUCCCUGGCCAUGGCCGCGCCUGGGAACAGUCCCGCCCCCGACUCCAUCCACCUCGACCUGCCCGCUCUCAAUGAUGGUCUGGGAUACAUGAUCAGCCCGGAGUUGAAGCCCGAGACCGACCAAACCAUUGUCAAGAGACGCGAGGGUUGUGUUGCGUGCCAGUGGUGA